GCCCGCUGCGCCAUGGCUCCCUGGCCACUGCCGCCGUCGCUGCUGCUGCUGCUGCUGCUGCUGCUGGUGGGCUCCACCGCGCGCCCCGCGGCCCCCAGGGCUCCGCGACACUCGGACGGGACGUUCACCAGUGAGCUCAGCCGCCUGCGGGACAGCGCGCGGUUGCAGCGGCUGCUGCAGGGCCUGGUGGGGAAGCGCAGCGAGCCGGACACCGAGAACCGCACCUCCUGGUUUAAACCCACUGAGGGCCAGCUGUGCCUGCUGUGGUCAGACGAGCCAGCCCUGCAGGCCUGGAUACCGCCGAGAGCCCCUCUGCAUCAGGUCUGGUCUCCCUGGCUGCCUAGUGUGGCUAGGCCUGGUCACAGUUCCAGAGGCGGCUGAAACCACCCAGUGGGCCAGAUGAGGACAGAGGAGGACCAGAGAGGACCCUGGGGCGGGGAGGGGCUGUACUUGGCACUAAUAAAGGAAGAACUCACACCCGC